AUGGAGAGUUUGAACCCAAGCGAAUUUUGUAGAGCAUCUAGUAGUUUCAUACAAUGUGUUCUCUCUCAGAAUGAGGCGCAUGAAGCCUUUGGAGCCUUGCAAGAGAUGAUUGAUAAUAACACUUCAAGUGCUGCUCUUGAACGAGAACAUGGCUCCUAUCAGCUAAAAACAAUACUGCAGAAAAACCUUGAACUCAAUGAUCCUAAUCAUUUUCCUGGUCCUAUGGCUGUUCAGAUAUCGAGGACCUCUCUCGAAAAAUUGAGGAACAAUGAGUAUUACAUUACGGAAAAGUCGGACGGAAUUCGUGCCAUGAUGAUGAUGCUGUGCAGCAAGAAUUUUCCUCGUUGGGUUUAUGAUGAUGAUCAUACGGACCAAUUUAACUUAUUGGAAAACUGUGCCAUUGAAUGUACAUAUCAUCAUGCAAAGCAAGGUGCAAAAGAAGAUGUUGUGCUUCAAUUGACAAUUCUUGCAAACACUAACUUUCUUUACAAUAGAAGAACAAACACUGUUCAAUUAUUGAACACAAACACAAAUACGCGGAGAACAUUGAAGAGGUUGAGCGGAUGGUGCUUUUCUUUCUUUUUUGACAGAAAUUUUGAAUUUUAUUUAUGCUUGGAAGAAAUUGUGUUUCCAACAAAGAGUACCAUUUCAGGCAAGGUUGUGAAGAUGGCAGAUGUUAAAUAUCAAGACUUGGUAAUUUUGGACGGAGAAAUUGUUUACAAUAUUCAAGAAAAGAGAUAUAACUAUUCUAUUUAUGAUGUCAUUAGCUUUGUGAAGGAAUAUAUUCACAAAGAAACAAAUACUGCAGUCGAUAAGAUUGUGUCAUUGCGAAAAGAAUCCAUGACAACUCGAUACAAAGAAAUAACAAGCGGUGUCACUGAUCCUCACUAUUACUAUUACCAAAAAGUUUUGCGAAAACCCACCCCAAAGAGUCUCAAAUUAAUUCGAAAACACUUUUAUGACAAGACGGAGUUGAUGACAGUUCUUAAUUGCAUCAAAGAGGAUCCAAAAACAGGCGAGUACAUUUAUAAGGGGUACAACAAAAACGAUGGACUUAUAUUUACCCCUAAAUCUGGAGAAUUAAGCGCAUUCAAGCCAGGAUCCAAUGACUAUUUAAUGAAAUGGAAAUGGCCCAAUAAGCUAACAUGUGAUUUUCUCGUGUGUCCUGUGAACAACUCGCCAAUCGUUGAGAAUGCACGUAAUUCUGCUGAUAACUGCUUCUAUUUUUACUUUCAAUUUAAGAGAAAGCUCACUCUAUUCUCUGUAUGUCAAGUUAAAAAGAUUUCAGAGAGUCUUGUUGCUCGAUUUAAAGGAUUGGAAGCAAACGAGGCUCUUAUUGCUGAGUGUGGAUACGAUUUGCCCAAUUAUGGAGGAUGGUAUUUCCUUCUUAUUAGGGAGGAUAAAAACACGCCCAAUGCAUUCAAAACAGUCGCAAAUACCCUUGAAAACAUGCUAGAGAAUGUCACUGUAGAUGAUUUGCAAUAUUAUUUGUUGCCAAGCGAUUCGUACGACAGCAAAAAGUAUAAGAGAAUAUUGGAUUCUAGAGAACAAUUUUUGCGUGAAUAUGAAGCAAAAGUUGUGGAGUUGAAAGCAUUUGCUUAUUUCAAGCUAGCUCACCAUCAGGGGUCUCUUUCUCUUCAAUACUGCAUUGCCGAUGACGGAGUUUCUUGGAAUUUUCAUUGUUACGUCGGUGACUCCAAAGUUAAUUUGGAUCAUGUCAGAAAUAGCCAUAACCAAGUCGUUGAAACUUAUUUCAAUCCAAUGGAUGGCAAAUAUGUUGUGACUCGAACAGUCACAGUUGCUCAGGACGAGUUGGUAAAAGUUUGCAGUGGCUCCAAGUUGCUAGACAAAUUAUUACUCAUGGAGAAGGCACGAAAUUUGGCAGACGCACACUUUGCAAAAUCAUCACCACACACUUCUCGAUCUUCACCGGCGCACUCUUCUUCGACCAGUAGUCAACAACAGAAGAGGUCAAUUCAAGAAACAGAUGCCAAUGGUAGCCAUGCUCUACCAUCAAGAACUGGACAAAACGGAGAGCCAUCCAUGAAAAAGGUCAAGCAAUAA